CGCCCGCGGCGACCAUGGGCAGGGAGCGGUGCUGAGCUCCGCGCCGCCGCCACUCCCCACGCCCUUCGGCCGCCUCCGCCGGGGCAGGGAGGCUGUCCCUUCCCACCCCCGCUCGCCCUGAGAGGGGAGGGCAGCGCCGGCGCCGCCGCGGAGCCGUGUGUGAUGGUGCGGGUAUGGCGGGGCAGCCGGCGGCUGCGGCGCUGCUGAGGCGGGGGGCGGCUGGUCCCGGCCCCGGCGGCGGCAGCGGCAGCAGCCAGCGGGGGCUGCCUCCUGCUCCCGCCCGUCCGGCGGCCGUCUACCCUCGCCCCGGCCGGCGCUGAGGGAAGGAGGGAGCGCCCCGCCGUUGCCUCGCCGUGCCAUCCGCCUCGCCCCUCGCCGCCGCCGCCAUGCUGCCCGGGGUGGGGGUGUUCGGCACCGGCCUGACGGCGCGGGUGAUCGUGCCGCUGCUGAAGGCGGAGGGCUUCGCCGUGAAGGCGCUGUGGGGCCGCACGCCCGAGGAGGCGGAGGAGCUGGCCAAGGAGAUGAGCGUCCCUUUCUACACCAGCCGCAUCGACGAGGUGUUGCUGCACCAGGACGUCGACUUGGUCUGCGUCAACUUGCCGCCGCCGCUCACCCGGCAGGUCGCCGUCAAGACCCUGGGCAUUGGGAAAAACGUCAUCUGCGACCGAACGGCAACUCCCCUGGAUGCCUUUAGGAUGAUGACUGCGGCCCAUUAUUACCCAAAGCUCAUGAGCAUCAUGGGGAACGUUUUGCGCUUCCUGCCAGCUUUCGUCAAGAUGAAGCAGCUGAUCCAGGAGGGUUACGUGGGGGAGCUGCUGGUGUGCGAGGUGCAGGUUCACAGCGGGAGCCUGCUGGGCAAGAAGUACAACUGGAGCUGUGAUGACCUGAUGGGAGGCGGGGGCUUGCACUCGGUCGGCACCUACAUCAUCGACCUCCUGACCUUCCUCACCAGCCAGAAGGCCGUGAAGGUGCACGGGCUGCUCAAGACCUUCGUGAAGCAGACGGACCACAUCAAGGGCAUACGGCAGAUCACCAGCGACGAUUUCUGCACCUUUCAGAUGGUGCUGGAAGGCGGCGUGUGCUGCACCGUCACGCUCAACUUCAACGUCCCCGGCGAGUUCAAACAGGACAUUAUCGUGGUGGGUUCGGCGGGACGGCUGAUCGUCGUCGGCACCGACCUCUACGGACAGAGCAACAGCUCUCCUCAGCGGGAGCUCCUGCUCAAGGACUCCACGCCGGUCAGCAACUCCUUACUUCCAGAGAAGGCCUUCAGUGACAUCCCCUCCCCUUACCUCCGGGGCACCAUUAAGAUGGUUCAAGCUGUCCGGCAGGCGUUCGAGGACCAGGACGACAGGAGGACCUGGGAUGGGAGGCCUCUCACCAUGGCUGCCACUUUUGACGACUGCCUGUACGCCCUGUGUGUGGUGGACACCAUUAAAAAGUCAAACCAGUUGGGGGAGUGGCAGAACAUUUCAAUCAUGACCGAGGAGCCAGAACUGAGCCCCGCCUACUUAAUCAGCGAAGCCAUGCGGAAGAGCAGGAUGUCUCUGUACUGCUAGCUCCUCUCAGCUCCUAGGAAAGAAUAGGAACCAGGCAGCUCUUGAAGGAAAUGGUAAUUCAGCCCCUGCGAAGGGCUCAGGUGUCGUAAAAACGUCCGAGGAUAGAGGAGGAAGGAGUAACGGUGUUUGGAUCAACUAAAUCCAUUGGCUAAAUGCCUUAGAAAGGCCCAAAAACCAGAUAGGAGACUUGAGAGCUGACAUAACUGUUUUAAUAACAGUAUUAUCUGUCUGAUCGGAAAGAUAUAUGAUGGACUUAUCUCCUGCUUGCAGGUGCUUUAGAUUAUCCAAUUGUGUUUACUGUGAAAGGUCAGGAAGAUCCUUUUUAGAUUUUCCUUACCUACCAGAGGGCUGUGAAGGUACUGUCAUGUCAUUAAAUGUUCUGUAGUGUCCGACACGAAUGGUUUCCUCCCAUGACAGCCAACACCACCGUGCUGUAGUGCCGCACCCCUAAUCAACACUCAGAACGACAGGACUCGGUGUGAGAGCGAUACGGGAAACCUCGGCAGCCCACUUUUCAUACAGCUUCUUAGGAGCUUCUCUCUGUUGGUUUAGCCAGUUGUGGGGGGUUAAAGCACAAUGAGGUAGGAAAACGCGUGGCUUUUAAAACCAAGCAGUCCCCAGCCACAGUGGAUAUGCUGUUGGGGGAGGGAGGGUCUCUGGUGAGCUUCGGUGCUCGCUGCACAGAUGUGCUGAUUGAAGUGGCUCGUGCAGAACCUUCGUGGAUGGCAAGUGGCACGGCACAGUAGUGCUGGCGGGGUGUGUUAUACAGCUGAACUCAGGCUAGUCUUGGGAAGGUUCACACGCAAUUUCCUGUGGCUGGGGCUGCCUUUGGAGUGAAUGUAUCGUGCGUUUUGGUGUUGGGUGGGAAACAGGAAUCCAACACGGAGCCCUAUGACGCUUAGGCAAGGUGGUGUUCUUUCAAACCUUUGUGAAGUCACGCCUGAGAGGUGCACACCGGCAAUUAACUUCACGUAGCUCAAUCCAGAAACACUCACCUCCACCAAGGGGUGAGGGUGAGUGAAAACCAGAAGGGAUGAGAAAGUUCCCCUUUGAUUUUGGGGGAAAAGAAUUACAAAAGAGCCCCACCUCUUCACCUCCUUAAAGUGGCCAACUACUGGUACUGUAGUAAUCAUUCCCUGUCUUGGGUGCAGGGGUGGUCAAACCCUUUUGAUAUGUUUGUCCUGUUGUUUUUUACCGUUUUAGAUUGCAGUCUUGAAGUGAUACAUUCUUUCAGGAAUGUAUUCUUGAGAGAAUAUAGUGAAAGGCACAUGCGGUGUCCCAGUAAACAGGGAUGCUGCUUUUCUGCAUAAAGCUGCUCCAGUGCUUAUUGUGUUUACAGUCCUAGGUCCUCAGAUAGGAGGAAAGUAGAACACAGGCAUAAUAGCACUAAAUUCUAUUAGACUUGAGAAAAGCUUUUUCAGGCUUUUUUUGGUCAAUUUUGGCUAGGGGAAAGAGGAGAACAUUUGGUAACUUCAAAGAGUCGAUAUGACCUUCUCUCAAGGCCAUCACAUCAGCGUUGCCGUUUUAGGCUAGAAAGAAUCAUUUAGGUGUUUUUUUCAAAUGCACUUACAGUUUUGCUAUUUUUAGGAGCACCAAGGGCUUCUCUAGGGCUUCUACAAAUGACUCCAUCAGAUUGCUGUAUGCUCCUGCCUGUCCUAUGCCCUGAUUGAGAGCUUCAUGUUUUUGAACAGGAGGCCGUUGAUAGCGUGGUUCAUCUCAUCCUGCUUUGUCCUGGAUGCAGGGGUCAAUACAGAGAGAGCUCUCCAAGGGCUGACUCAGUUCAUCUGAAGACUAAUAUAGAAGGAGGUGCCCGCUGGAAAUUCCUGUCCUCCUGAAGCACAGAAUCGUGGCUUCUAAAUUUUUAGGUGGCUAAAGUUGGGAAAUUUGACUCCCACUCCAAAAUUACUGCCUUGUGCUUGAUUUGUGAAGAGCACGCGUGUGACCUUUCAUGAAAUAUUCCCCAAAGUGUAAUGGUGUGACUGAGGAAGCAAUAAUGCAACACUGCAAAACCACACCCAAAGGGAGGUUUGUUUCUCUCCCUGUUGUUCUGCCAGCUCUAGCAAAUCUCUCUCUGGCUGACAGUUUCUGCUAAGCCCUCGGGCAAGCUUUCAUCAUUCCUUCUUGGAAGCAGCCCUUGACAAAUUUGGAUGGUUUUCCUAAAAAAUGGGUUUCUCUGAGAAUUCCUGAGGCGGUAUCUGUGCCAACAGGAGCUUCCCAUUAUUGUUGUUGUGGUAUUACCACGCUCUCCGGUCCCUGCCCUGAAAAAUACACAGAGAAAUACAGAAGAGAGAACUUGUUUGAGAAAUCGUAUCUCUUAUGUCUCCCAAAAAAAUGGAAUUAGCCCCAAAGAGAUCAAGAGAGUUUUCACACAGAAAGGAAGAGGCAUUAAUUGAAAUUAGUGGCUAGUUGUAGUUGUGAAUGCAAGCCCAGUGGAUAAUUAACUGUAUCCAGUUAAACAUCAUCCAUAAGUGGAAGUAAAUAUGGACCAAAGUGUGUGUGAGAGCCUUGCUUCUUUUAGCAGUCUGGCCAUUGUGCUGGAAUUACUGGUCGUGUCUUUGCACCUCGUUUUGAUUCACAAAUGUUGACAGAUUUUCCUAUCUGCAUUUCUCUUUUUUUUCUGUGUCUCUCUGGGUUUCAUGAUGGCAGCUGGGAGAAGGGAUGCUGGAAUCCUCCUCCCCACCCCUGCAGUCAGCAGUCCCCCGGCCGGACACGGUGUGUAGGGAUAUACUUACUGAGCUUGACCUUUCUGCCUCUUUUUGUCACCUAAACCUGUCAAGGUGUAGGUAACAGGCACCAUGCAGCCUCUCUGCAGGCUCACUGAUGCAGAUAGUGCUGCUUAGCAGAAAGAAAACCCCAGUGCUCUGGUUACACAGCAUUCUGAUGCUACCAUUAGUACUGGCUUGCAGUUGGGUUGAAUCUUGUACAGCUUGUCUUGACACCACAGUGCUGGCCGCAGAGAGAUGGGCAGAACGAGCAGGGGCAGGGGGGACCUUCUCAUCUGAUGGCAACAGAGAUCCUGUGCUAGAUUUAUGUGAGGGUGUUACCAGGAUUGUAUGACAGGUUUUUCCAUUCUCCUAGAAGUGAAGGUGCUGUAGUGUCAAGUGUAGAGAUACUGAACUUCCACCUGGCUUAGCAGCUGAAGGAAUUGGUUUAUUUAUAGAAUGUAUAUCGCUAUUCUGACAAAUUGUUACUUUAUAUUCUGGGAUCUUUCUUGGCAGCAGCAAACCCUCUGCUCUUUUGGUGCAGUUGAAAGUCCAUUGAAUGACCCCGAGUAGCCUCUGGAGCUCACGCUGGGUUUAAGAAUUUGGGCAGCAGAGAUGUACCUGAUUGAACUCAAAAGUGGUACCACACCAGGAAAAAUGUAUUUGAAAUUGCACUUUUAAUGCUAUUCUUUCAUGCUGUGCCACGAGGCUGGAGGUGGAUGCUGCUAGAACUGGUGCAGGCCUAACAGCCAAACUCUGGCUACUGCUGGAAUUUACAGUAGCCCCGAAAUGAUCUUGUUCGUACACCAGGUAAGAAAUGUUCAUUCCUCUUUCCCAAGGCUGCUGCUGGAGAGGCUCUUUCCUUUGCCAUCAACCUGAUGCUGAACACUAUAGUCUGUUGCCAAAGACAAUAAAGAGCCAAAGGGCAGAGCCCAGGUGAGAGGCUCAGAUGCUCUGCAGGGAUCUGUUCCAACACUGGGAUGGUCAGCUGAGAGAGACCAUGUCUUAUUUUCCCUGGGAAUUGCAUUGGGGUUCCCACCGGGGGUAGGGCAGCCCUGCCCUGUGUGACAGUGGGCACAACCGCAGUCCUUCCCUGUGCCCAAAAGGAGAGCGGUGAUGGCAAGAAGAUGUGACUGCAGCCUGGCACCUACAUAUGUAUGUUUGUGCUGGUGGUGCAGAAGAUGAGGGCUGCACCUCUGGAAGGUGACAGCAGCAGCUUUGCUCCACUUCUGUAUUUGGGAGCCCCAGGAGGGGCCCAGCCCUUGGGGAAGUAGCAUCCGUCCUAUACUCCUGCGAGAUCCGUGCGCAUCCUCAGUGCUGAACUCAGUGGAGGCACAACAACUCUACAAGAGCUUGGGCUUUCCUAUAUCUAAUAUCAUGCAUGUGUUAAAUUAGUAGUACUUUAGCUGUGUAGUUAGAAAAUACCAAGUAGAGAUGAUGGGUCCUUACCCAUGCAGCCAGUACGGCAGAGAAUCAAGGCAUGUGUAGACGAGUUUGGGCUCAGGACAGGCUGCUGCUGAGUUCAUCCUUUGCUUUGGCUGAAAGCAUGAGAAAUUCCUGCCCAGCCAGCACAGGGCAAUCAGAGGCACUCUCCACUUUGUACUUAAGUGUUUCCUUUUUGUUUUGUUUCGGAUAGUGUUCGAGGCAGUAACUGUACAAGUCUAUUCAAAACAGGAGGCUUUUCUGCUGCGUAUGGUCACAGCACAAGGACAGUUUCAGUUUCUGUGUUGCCUUGUUUGUUUCUGUGCCCAUACAAAUGUGGAAAAGACCCAUACAAUUCAAAAUUACUCAAAAAAAACCCCAAACAACCCCAAUUUUAUUUAACAAAGAUAAAACAGUGUCUUGGCGGUGUCUUUGCAGAGGCUCGGAAUUCCCGACGACAGAAUUUCUUACUGCUGGGGAUUUUUGUAUCUGACUUUUGUCUAUGGCCUUCAGUAUGAAAUAUCACAAAUUAUGAUGUCUGUUUGCUUUGAAGUUCUGUAUUUACAAGGGCUUAAAAGUACUCAGCAGACUUUUGGCUUUGUGCAGACACUCAACACUGGUGCGAUGCUCCAGUGGCCCUGUGAUGUACCCUGAAGUACGUAUGAAGCUCAGCACUGGACUGUUUGACCUCUGCAGUGCUCUCUGGGUCUCUAGGACGAGUUGUGAAGUGGCAGGAUUAUUCAGGACAGCAGUUUCUCCCUCUUGUUGUUGAAGUUGUUAAUUGUGAGGAGCAAAACUUGUACAUUCUAGGGAUGAAGUAUGACUGAGUAACAGUUAUCAGUCUCAUCUGCUUGGAAAUUUCCUCUCUCUGGAGCUGCUGGGUGAAGUCCGUCCAAUAAAGAUUAUUUCCCCUUCCAUUUGCUCAUGAAAAGAUGAAGUUUUAAGCGAGUGGGACUAUACAUAAUGCUGCAUUCAUGAACCCGUGUCAUAACCUCAUGACUUACUGAAGCCAGAGCCCAGGCAAGUGAUGGCUUUUUUGAAGCUGCCAAAUCAAAGGCUUGGGGCUGGGGACGGAGGGGGAUCAGCUUAGGUCACACUGCAGUGGUUUUUACUCAGCGUUUUCAGUGAAAUGAAUAAACAGAACGACUGUGGCCGAUCCAAAACUGAACACACAACAUGUUUGUAUAAGGACAAUUAACAUUUAUUUGGGGAUUAAGUUCCAUUUGUCAAGAACGCUGCCCUGAAAUGAAAAGUUACCCAAAAAUCCAGCUUUUGUUCUCUUUUGGCGUAUGUGGAAUUAAUUGUUUGGGCUUGUUGGGUUCUUUUUGUUUUUUGGUUGGGGCUUUUUUUAAAGUUCAUCCUUUAAAAAAAAUCCCAUCCUUGGGGUUCAGUGAACGCCCGUGAAGGACGUUCCGUGAGCUCCGGUGCCCUCGGGCAGGCUCGGCUCGGCACCCGCAGCCUCAGUGUCACGCAGUGACCCCGUUCCUCACCUCACAGUUUGGGCCUCACGUCUACGUUUCAUUUGUCUCUUCACUACGUGGAGUUGGCUACAGAUAAUCAAGAUACUUUUUGCAGCAGUGCCCAGCCAUCGAUUUUUAAAGCACUUAAUGUUAUUAACUUGUUUACCAUGGUUAUUUAUGACCUUCCAGCUAUGUGCUGCCCGUCACUCCCUUUUCUUUUUCACACCAGCCGCCAGACUCGCUUCCCUCCCCUUUCUCAUUCCUUCCCCAGCCACGAGGCCACUCUCCUCUGUUUCCCCUGGGUCUGUGUUACAUGUGGCAUACAGGGUGGCUAACCUACAACUUGAAGUAACUUUGACCACAGGCUCCCGAAAGGAUACUUUAACACCACAGCCGCUCAAGUACGUGGCCUAACCGAAUCAAAGCUCCCUGCUAUGCUGUGCUUCACAAGUUGUUUCUCUCUGUACUGGUUUUCUUUCAGUUGAUUUUGAAAAUGACAAUAUGUUCAGUUUGUUGCCGUGAUAUUAAGUAUAUAUUUAUUGUUUUUCAGACAUACAUACAUAUAUAUAAAUGCUAUAUAUAUAUAUAUAUAUAAUGUCAGCGCAUGGACAUAUGUACAGUAGAUAUUUUAAAGAGCUAUUUAUCAAGAAAAAAGUAAGUGUUAUAAGUAAACAGAGUUUAUAUUUUAUAUAUUAUGUAGAUAGAAAAGAAAAAAGUGGUUAAAUUAUAGUAGGACUUUUGGGGGUGGGGUUGGAGAAACGGGCAAGGACUGGUUCUAGCAUUUUAAACAGCCAAACUACUUUGUACGGAAGCUGCCUGCUGUGCCUCUCGGCCCAAAAUAUCUGUUUGUUUCUUCUUCUGGAAGACGAUGUGCAUUGUUACUUUUUACAUUGCUUGGGGAAUGUAGUUAGUUUCUUCUCAGCCAACUGGUAUGUGCUGCUUAAAACAUGGCUUCCUGCUGUUCUGCAUAUUUGCAUUGAUGGAGUAAAAGGAUCUUAACUGGCAAAUAAAGACGUAAAAGGA